GCAAGCAUUCACAGUGCAAGAUUAGUAACACAAGAUUGCAAUAUGAGACUAUUACUGGUGUUCUUGAUCUUGACGAUCGUGGUGUGUGCCUUGUUGCAGGAAUCCGAAUCCUUUUUUAUCAUUAAAAAAAGUAAAAAUAGACGCUGUUGUAAAGUUAAAAAAUGCCGCAAAAGAACCACCACCACCACUACCACUACCACUACCACCACCGCAGCAACCACAAAUGCUGGUAGAAAAAGACGCGACAUUAUGAACGCAAGUCCAUUUGAAUUUGGAAAUAUGAAUUUCACCUCGGAUGGAAACUAUGACGAAAUGUUAAAAUUUGAUCCGAAAAAUAUAUAAGUAUAUAAUUACACUAUACUCAAUGAGAUAAACUGUCAUUUACAGUUGUAUCUAAAUUGUCCAUGUAAGAAAGUCUAAACUGAAUAGUAAUAAAGAUGUAUGCAAAUGAUUAAAAA